GAGUUCAUACUUGUAACUCGAAUAUAAUUUAAUAUCUCGAUACUUUUGUACUGUGUCAAGAUUUAGUAUAACAUUGUAAGGUGAGAAGGCAAAAAUAUUUCACAUGGGUCGUAAAAAACAUCGAAGCAAGAAGAAUAAUUUAUCAUUAAGAAAGUCGAGAGAUAAUGCGGUUUGUGAGAAAUCAACGAUCCGUAAUGUACCAAGGACGGAUGAAGAAGCGAUUGAAAGUAACGAAACAAGGAAGGGUACACUGACCGAUGAUAAGUGUUUGAAAAAAGAAACGAUAGAUCAUCUUGCUGGGAUAAGUAAUGGUCCGAUCGAUGUACGUUCUCGGUUAACGUAUCCUUUGGUGCUAAAUGAUUCAUCGAAGUUGUCACUGAACGAAAGUAACAGAGGCGACGACGACGGCAACGACGUCAACGACGACGGCGACUCAGAAGAAGAGAGUGUCGAAUUGAAUGUAAAGCCGAGAUUCGUAUUUGUGUCGAGCCUUUGCGCGGUGUGUUUGGCGAAAUCUAGGUUAUUUUGCGAACGUUGUCGAAUGGUAUCGUAUUGCUGUAAAAUACAUCGAACGCAGGGAUCGUUGGAGCAUGGCAAGUUAUGCGAAACACUGACAGAGAUUCGUUGGUCCAUUGUGUCAAUGCUUUCUAACGAAUCAGGUGUGCAACUCGAUGCGGAGCAAUACCGUGUUUUUCGAUUAAAAUUGCUAGGAAUUUUCGAGUCGAAGAUUGGAAGAUCAUUGGACCUUUGGGAAAGGGAAAUCAUAUUGUAUCCUAGAGUUUGUAGAAUCUGCCGUCGCUUUAGCGAAAAGUUAAUUUGUUGUACGUAUUGCGGAAUGGAAUAUUUCUGCGAAGGACAUGAUGGGGAACAUAAAAAUUGGUGCGAAGAAUUUCGAAUUUUGCAAAGAUUUUUGUUUCUUCAACAUAAAUACGGUUACAUCGAUGUAAAAAUUCCGAACGUGUAUCGAGAAAUGUUGGUCGCGAGACCAGAGUUUGGUUUUAACGAGUUGAUGUAUGAAAUUUAUGGAGAUUGCUGGUAUUAUCGAAAAAUGGAUUGUUACACCUACUCCACGCUAUCCCAUUUGUGUACGAUUCCUCUAACAGCCCUUUACUCCAUGCAAAUUUCUUCUCCCGAAUGGAAAAAUAAAGUGGAUUGUACUAUUCACAUGCUCGGUGCAGAAUUUCAAUUCGAGGGUAUAAAUUUGCACGUCUGGGAAAGGAUGUUCCUUCAUUUCUUGCCAAAUUUAAAGAAACUAUGUUUGAUCUUGAUUGGUCCAGAGUUACGAUUACCAAAGGGCGUACCUCAUAAACUUCUGUCCACGGUUAAAGUUUGUAAAAAAUGUAAAUCUACCGGUAGAGCUGUGGUCGUUUCGUUUAAACAAGAGAUGCUUUAUCACGAUUUGAUUCGUGACACGUCCGAAUGUCUUUCUAAGCCUGAUCUUAUUUGCGUUUAUAAUCCUGGUCUUUAUCGGAAAACCGGGUUCGAAGGAAAAGAUACUUGGCUCGAAACGAUAAAGGAGUUUUGCAAAACGUCAAUUCCUGUCACUGUUACAUCUUACACCGAGGACGAAAUGCAUUGGGAAAUAACCCGAAUAAAUUCGAUCGCAGACAUCGAGAUCCUUUUACAACCGUAUCGAAAUCCGUUUUCGUCGGUCAAGCCGGAUCGAAACUUUGUUAGCGAUGACACUAAUCCACUUAUCUAUAAGAAUUACUACAUUGCCAUUGUUAAAGGAAAAACUAUUUUACCGUAAUACAUUUUUCGUAUAUACAUAUCGCGUAUAUCGCGUAUAUCGCGUACAAAGCGCGUGUAUACGUCUAUUGUACGUAGUUGUACAAUUUUUCGUACAUAUCAUCGAAUCGUUAGAAUUUCAUUUGGAAAAAAUCGAUUCUUUUUCUACAUUUCUCUUACAUAUAUAUGUACAUGUAUUUUUAUCGUUUCAAUAAAACAUUUUUCUGCGCGCUAUAAAUUCGAGCGUAUCGAUUUGCACGAACAUGGAAAGAGCACUCGUUCUCGCAUAUUAUCGUAUUAUCGCAUCUUGAACUAUUUCAUUGACGAAAUUGUAGUUUGCAACGGCUGUCAGCAGCUUUGAUCCGAGUUAAAAAGAUUCCCAAAAAUGGGUAUGUUGAGCCGAGGUUUUUUGUUAAAUGGUACUUUGGCAAACAACAAUGUUUAUAGCUACGUUUAUGAUUUGGGUCGUGUGUAUAUCAUAGAUGGGACUGCAUUAAUCGAACAAUCUACGUUUCGAUUCGAACGAUCGAACGCUUGUAACAUGUAUAUAGUACGCAAACGUUGACAAACAUUAUAUACAUGUCAUACUUAUAUACCUUCUAUGCGUGCGCUUACAUUACGAAUAGAAAUAUAAAUAUGCAAUAAUUUGAGCUUAAAGUCACUUUAUGAUAUAGGAAAAUUAUAUACAACAAUGGUUAAUUCAUAUCGUAGAUCACUGUGCUCGAAAGAGAGCGUAGCAGUGCCUUGUAACAUAUUUUAUACCCAUUCGCGUGCAUGAACUUGCGUGUGUGUGUUCAUAUAUGCUUUGUACUGUUUUCAAAGUCAAGGAAUCAGGGGAAAAUGGUGGCGGCGGCGGAUGAGGA